AUGGACCACUCAGCCUCAACAAAGACUAUUGAGAUCUCUAACCGAAAGGUCUCCCGAAGGGUCUCCAAUCUAUCGACUUCACAAAUCCAUCGCAAGAGAGUCAGUGAUCGAAACGCUCAACGGGUGAAACGGGCGCGGACUAAAGAUCAUAUACAACAUCUGCAAGAAGAGAUAGCAAGACUGAAGGCUCAGGACCUGGCUAUCCAGGAACUUCAGCGACGAAAUCUGGCCCUUGAGGAUGAGUUGACUCGACUUAAACACAAUAAACCGCCUCGCCUUCCAUCUGAUAUAGCUUUUUCAAGCUCCGUCCUAGGUAUCACAGCAGCCUCAGCAGCUUCAACGCUGCAAGAAGGUUUACAGAGCUACAACCAUGGCUUCAACUUUGAACAACAAUACACGCCCCUUCCUACUGAAUGGGACGAAAGAUGUGAGAACGAAGGGGGCAACGUGAACUAG